AUGAAGAGACUUGCAUCGACGACGCCUCGCCACAAGCUUGAAGCCUUUCGAGCCACACAGCUGGUGCUGUGGCGUCGACGCUACUUUGAGGGCAUUUUACGCUGGGAAGCUGCGCUCCGGAUGGUAUUCGUAGACUUUCCGAAGCUGGCCUUCAGGCGCAUCGACGGCGCGCGCACUAUCGUCUCGUUUUUCUUCGUGUACGUGAUGCUGCAAGCGCUGGCGAUUCUCUGGGGUUUCUUGUUCAAUGUCGGAGCGGUUCUGGGCGAAAAUGUGAGCACGGUCGUCACGAUGCCAUUAAUACAAGCCGUCUGCGUCCUCGUGGUGUACGUAUCGGUCAUGGGUAUCGUGCUGUCUUUCGGACGGGCAACGUGGAUCCUCACGUGGCAGUCGUUGCAGAAUUUCCCACUAAUUCGACGUAUAAUUGCGUGCGAGUGCAGCCCGCAGGCAGUUAUCCUCACAGUCGCCAUGCCCAUGCUGAUCAUCCUACCCAGCUUAAUAAUGGUGCCUUCGCAUUGUAGCAGCGCGGUGCUACCAGGAUCGUCGACUCUAGUCCAAGCCAUGUGCGAGGAGUCAUAUUUAAAGCUGUUGACCGACAGACAUCCGGUAUUUCAGCGAGCAUUGCGUAUAUCGACUGCAAUUGCUAUCUGCCAGUUCAUUCAGCUCUGUCUGGAGAUCCUGCCACGAUGGCGUUCAGCACUUGCAGGUCUCACCACCGUAAAGACAUUUUUCUUGGGAGGAUGGCUGCUAGGCAUGAACUUCCUGGGUGGAUUGUGGACUGUCGAAUGGAGUGCGCGCCACUUUGGAUUAAAAAUCACGCCGCUUAGCGAACUCACGAAUUAUCAGUGGGAGAUUUUUGGCAUGGCAUUGCUCGUGGGGUGGAUUCUCUGGUUCCUGGCGAUUACUUGCUUCACACUUCCCAAUGUGAAGGAGUGCGAUUCCAACAAAAAAGCACUCUGUGGCUUCUUUGAGCGGCUCAAAUUCACCUUCGUCGUAGGUCAGGGCAUUGUGUUCUUCCGUGCGUGUGUGCAUCCGCACAUGGGCUUCGUUCACGCACAACUGGAACUUACUAUCAUCAACUUGCUGCUACCGUCAAUCUACGUGGUAUCGCUCAUUUGUCUCCGAAUGGUGAGUCUGCUGAGUGUGCGCGCGGUGACUAUUGAUGGCCCCUUGGCGCUAGGCAUGUCCGGUAUCGUUUUUAUUGGCUCCAAGAUGACUGAGAAGCCCCACGUCUUUGUUGUAGUAAGCUUGUUCGUUUUCGACCGCUUCUUACGCUCAGAAGCCGCUUCAUCGUUGAGUGAGAUGGGACAAACUCUUCAGCAAAUGCUACAAGAAACAUCGUCUGACAAGAAAAAACCGCUGCUGGGUCAUCGUACUGCCAAGAAAUUUGUGUACCUUGCGCUUGCUAUUUUGCUGCUGUUCGUAGGUGCCAUUUCGGGAUUCAGUGUGCUGUCAGUGAUGCAGAAAAGCGCGAAGUGGUUCCCUGACGCCACGUCGGUGGAAUACGAAGACAACUCGAUCCAUAUUCAUCACACGGGAGUUGUGAAGUUGCACCUUGGGCUUGCAAACAAGACCAAUCCUGCAAUCACGGUGGAUGAUCCGCUCUAUGCGAGCUGCUCGAACCGCUGGAAUGGCUUGAGCUUGAUCGAUUUGGCUUUCUUCGCUGAAGCUGCCUACUUUAAUCCGUUGUCUAACGACACGGCCGAGUUCAUUUCGACCAUUUUCGACAACGAACUGGGAGAUAUUCACGUUCAUUUGCCUGCGUUGAAUACCAAGACUGGGUCAAAGCUCGACUUCUUUGAAGCUUACAUCCCGAAGCUCAACACUAGCGUCAUUUCGGUGCGCGGCACGGACAUCUGGAGAUUCACGGAUUUCGUGGAGGACGUCAAGAUGUUUUUCGAGCCUGUGGUGUUUUCGGUGCUAUCAUCCAUUUUCCCGACCAUUCGCAUCUGGCCUGAUGUGACGUUCUCCACGUUGAUUGAGCUGUACAGUGAGAUGACCGGGUUGUUUGGCUUGCAGCAUGAAUCGUGGUAUUAUCACGAGCUGUUGGACUACGUCACUUCACGCACGGACCGGAAGGUGGUGCUCACCGGUCACUCAAUGGGCGGUGGUAUCGCGCGACUCGUCGGAUCCAUCGUCGGGACGACAUCAGUAACGUUCUCACCGCCUGGGUUCGUGCAAAGCUACAGCAAAUUGGUUCAUCAUAUUGGAGGAACGUCGAUGAAGGUGGACCGCACAAGCCUGCACCAUCGGAACUUUGCUGUGGUGCCCGAGUACGAUCCAAUUACAAUGAUAGACGCGCAAGCUGGAAUGACGCAAAAGAUUUCGUGUGAUACGCAACAUCUUUCGAUGCAGUUAUCCUGCCACAUGCUCGAAGGAACGAUCUGCAACCUGGUCGAGCACUGUGGCUCGCCCAGACGACGCAUUUCGUCAUGUCACUUUAAACACAACAUUGCUGGGGCCACCGAGGAUAUGCUUCCGAGAGUUCUUGCGACUGUAUCCAAGCCCGAAAUCUACGUUUCGUUCGGCGUGACCGUAUCGAUCGUGCUCUCCAUGUUGCUUCGUCGCCGUCAUCGCAAGCUGCGCAUACCAUUAUCUUCUCCGUCUAACCGCAGAAAGAAGAACGAUCUCUCGGCUCGUUUUCCACACAGCUCAAAAGAUCUACAGCCGCCUCAUCCAUCAUUAUACGUUCGGCGCAACUCCGUUAUUUAGUUUAGAUAAUAUCACUUCAUGUUGCCAACAAAUAAAU